AUGAGCUUAAGACUAGUAUCUAAGUCGUUUGGUCGAUUAGAGAAACCUUUAGUUGCGUAUACUAAAGCGGGAGUAUCUAUUAGACGUUAUUCUGAUAAUAAUAAUAAUCAAGACUCAACUACGCAUUUUGGUUAUAAAACCGUGAAUAAAGAUGAUAAAGAGAAGUUAGUUAAAGGGGUUUUUUCUUCUGUCGCUUCAAAUUAUGAUGUUAUGAAUGAUGUUAUGUCUCUUGGUAUUCAUAGGAUAUGGAAAAGCCAUUUUAUUAACAGAUUGGAUGCUGGUAUGAGACCCGGUGCAAGUCGUCCAUUGGACUUCCUUGAUGUAGCUGGUGGUACUGGUGACAUUGCUUUUGGUUUAUUAGAGCAUGCAGAAAAGAAAUACAACGAUAGAUUAUCAACUAUGACAGUGGCUGAUAUCAACCCUGAUAUGUUGGCCGAAGGAGAAAUUAGAUUUCAGGAACUGAAAUGGAAUGAUGGUUCCGACAGGGUCAACUUUUUGGUUCAGAAUGGUGAAACUAUGGAUGCCAUUGAGGACAACUCUAAGGACGUAUAUACUAUUGCAUUUGGUAUUAGAAACUUUACAGAUAUUCAGGCGGGUCUUAACACUGCUUACAGAGUAUUGAGACCAGGUGGUAUAUUUGCAUGUCUUGAAUUCUCUCAAGUUGACAACCCUAUUCUCGAUUACGCUUACCAAGCUUACUCUUUUUCAUUGUUACCAUUAAUGGGUCAAUUAAUUGCUAAUGACAGAGAAUCUUAUCAAUAUUUAGUUGAAAGUAUUAGAAGAUUUCCAAAGCAAGAGGAAUUCUCAAAUAUGAUUGAGAAGGCCGGUUUUUACAUUCCUGAAAAGGGUUAUGAAAAUUUGACUUUUGGUGUUUCAUCAAUCCAUAUUGGUGUAAAACUUUAG